CCAUCACCACAUUGCGCAAGCCAUGUGAACCAUUGAAAGUGCCCCCUCCUCUCAUAUAUGUAGAGCGUAUAUCUUAUAAACACAGGUGCAUCACUCCGCUGGACAUUACACUGUCUUUGACUGUCUAAUCGUAUCGCCAGGAUGUGUGACAAAACGUUAUUGAAGUCGUUUAUUUUGGCUAUGGCGGCGGCGAGCGUCCUCGCGCGCCCCGAGCCGCCGUCUUCAUACGGGCCGCCGUCCACUUCGUACGGAGCGCCCGCACCUCAGUACGGACCACCUCAGCAACCGAUUGUCCACAAACAUGUAUACGUUCACGUACCACCGCCGGACAAUGAACCGCCAGCCCUGCGCAAGCCCGUAUACGUACCGCCGCCGCAGAAACACUAUAAGAUUGUGUUCAUCAAGGCGCCCACGCCUCCUACCCCGACCGCUCCAGUGAUCCCGCUGCAGCCUCAGAACGAGGAGAAGACACUCGUGUACGUGUUGGUCAAGAAGCCCGAAGAGCAGCCCGAAAUUGUUAUUCCGACCCCAGCGCCGACGCAGCCCUCCAAACCUGAGGUUUACUUCAUCAGAUACAAGACACAGAAACAAGAAGGAUACCCGGAUGCUGCGCCGCCCGCACCGCAGUACGGCCCACCAGCUUCUGCUCCUUCUUCAGAAUACGGCGCACCCUAGAAUAGCUGAUAAAGAAUGUCUACUGAUUUCGUUUCAUACCGAAAAUUAUGAGCAGAAUAAGUACUUGAUUCUAUAAGCCAGUCACAGCCACAUUCCACAAGGACAGUGCACUAAAUAAACACCACCUCGAACUAUAGGUAAUUAUUAAAGAGAAAAAGAACAAUUAUGCACGUCACUUUCACAUUAAAUGCUUUUAUAGAUUAUUGUUUACUAGAAAGAAAGGUGGCAACAGUUUUUUAAUCGUUAUAAAAUAACAAAGUUAUUGAAGCAUAGUGUUAGGUAUAAUUAAUGAAGGACGAGAGCCUGCAAUAGCCAGACAUAUUCCAUUUUAUGAAGCUUAAAAGUUUUUCAGCUCAUCCUCCUAUCACAGGUAAAUACAAGCCAAUUAUGGAGUUUGGAUCGUGGUUACUUUGGAUGGUAGCAGGAUUCCAGUGUCUUUGUAAAAAAAACAUUUUUUUUUUGAUUUUUUCUACGGGAUAUCAUGAGGAAUCAUCUACAGUCGCCAGACCCUUAGCUUCGUGGCAACUCUUCGAGAUCCUUAAAUGUUGAUCGUUAGGGGCAUUUUUCAUAGGAUGCCGCUAAGCUAAGCGACUUUGACAUAAAUUCUCAUAAUAUACCGAAGAAUAAAAUACAAUAAUAUUUAUAAAUCCUUAUUUUCAUUUAUACAAAUGAAAAUAAGGAUUUAUAAAUAUUAUUGUAUUUUAUUCUUCGGUAUAUUAUGAGACUCUUAACCGUAUUUUAUGAACGGAAUAUUUAGAACUUUGAAACCUACCUUCCAAAGCCACCACAGUCCAAACUCUAUUGGCUACCUUACUUAUCUAUUGUAGGAGAGUAGGCGGACAAACAUUCAACCUUUAUCAAAUGGGGUACGUCUGACUAUAGCAGGCUCAUAAUCCAAUGUGUUUAAAGUAUACUUUUACCAAACAUAAAAUCUCAUAUUCUCAUAUUACGACAAAAAAAAAUCAUUUUUAUUAUUUUGAAAAACGAGAGUAUAAACGAAAUUAGUAUGAUUGUUUUGUUGAUGAAUGACUCCAUGAUGACACGUUUUUUUUUUAAAUUAAUGAGAAAAUGAGGUUGUUACUCAUAUUUACGAGUGGACCACAAAACUAUGAGUUUAUAUCUGUAUUAUUUUUACCUGGAGACUGAACAUUUUUAUAAAUUAAUGUACUUAGGCAUAAUAAAAACGAACGUAACCUAUAAAUUUCAGCUAUUUUUCAGUUCAAUGUCAUAGCGCUGUGAAGAUUU